AUGAACACAGUCCUCUCGGAGUUCCUAGGUUCGUUCGUCGUAGUUUACCUAGACGACAUCCUCAUAUUUUCCAAGUCAAAUGAGGAGCACGUGCAGCACUUGCAGAAGGUCUUUGAGGUCUUGCGGAGGGAGAAGCUGUACGCGAAGCAGUCUAAGUGCGAGUUCUUCCUCCCCGAGGUCGAGUUUCUAGGUCACGUCGUUUCCGCUAGUGGCAUUAGGACCGACCCGAAGAAGAUCGCAGCAGUACAGGAUUGGAUAGCACCGACCUCAGUCAAGGAGUUGCAGAGUUUCCUCGGUUUUGCGAACUACUACCGUCGUUUCGUUCAGGGUUACGCUUCCAUUGCUAGUCCACUCACCGACCUACUUCGGAAAGGCGUAGAGUACGUUUGGGGUCCAGCGCAGCAGCAGGCGUUCGAGCAGAUGAAGCAGUCGCUCACGUCUUCACCGACACUGUCGUACCCCGAUCCCACUCGCCCGUACGUUGUAGUGACCGACGCUUCAGAUCAGGCCAUAGGAGCAGUACUUCUUCAGGACCAGGGACGCGGGUUGCAGCCGAUCGCGUACGAGUCGCGUAAGCUUAGGGGAGCAGAGUUGAACUAUCCGAUUCACGACAAGGAGGCGCUCGCGAUCAUCCAUGCGUAUAAGGUGUGGAGGUGCUACCUAGAGGGGGCAGAUAGUGUUAUACGCACGGACCACUGUUCGCUUCGUUUCCUCAAGUCGCAGCCGCAGCUGAGUCGUCGCCAGGCUAGAUGGAUGGAGUUCAUGGAGGGGAGUUUUCACUACAGGAUAGAGUACAAGCCAGGCGUGCGCAACCCAGCAGAUCCGCUCACUCGCCCUAGUUGCCAGCUCGCUAGUCUCACAGUCACUGCCGGCCAUCCACUUCUCACAGCACUCUUCGAGCACGGUUACACAGUAGAUCCCGACUUCACACCGCAGCCGCCCGCAGGAGCAGAGGUGCAGGGUAGUGUCUACAUACGGAAGGGUACAGCACGGAUUUGGGUUCCAGCCUACCGCCCUCUUCGACAGCUCCUUCUCUCAGAGGCACACGACGUAGUUAGUGCAGGUCACUUUGGAGCAGACAAGACGGUUAAGACCCUUAGUCGCACGUACUACUGGCCAGGGCUUGCAGCAGACAUAGAAGAUAACAUUCGCUCGUGCGACACGUGUCAGCGUACGGAGUCCUCUCGCCAGCGCAAGGCGGGACUUUUCCAGCCGAUUCCACCGCCGGAUCGCCCUUGGCAGGUAGUUAUGAUAGACUUCAUCAUGGCAUUACCGCGCACAGUCAGGGGUUCAUGA